AUGGCGGGCGUUCUGACUUGGAGGAGCCGCUUUGGGGGUGUUUUUGGCAACAAGGCGGAAAAUGCCGAUAGGACAGAGGGCGAACAUGCCGGCAUCCCCAAAUGGAGUAUGGGUGUCCUCAACGACCCGAAGACGAUAGAAGUGCCCGGCUCGGUUCUUCUUCUCGCCAGUCAUCGCAACGAGCCACUGGGCUUGCGCAAUGCGCCCGCUAGGACUUCUCACUCAUCCAUCCCCACGGGUUUCCCGGAGCCGAUCGAGACACCGACUGGCAGUCGGUCUCCCGCACACGCGGCCCCACCAGCUGAGGUCGAGGCCAAGACCACCAAGGACGGAAUCAUCCUCAACCCCCAACCGGAAGAGUCGGCCAACGACCCUCUCAACUGGCCCGCCUGGCGACGAGACUGCGCCCUACUGUCUCUCGGAUUCUACUGCAUGGUCGGCGGAGGAAUGACCCCCUUGCUCGCUGCCGGCUUCACCAACGUGGCUGAGGACUACCACAUCGAGACGGAAACUGUUUCCCUGACCACAGGUUUGUACAUGAUGGGCAUGGGUCUCGGCUCGGUCAUCUUCUCGCCGACGGCCAUCCUGUACGGAAAGAGACCAGUCUACCUGUUCAGCGCCGUUAUCUUCAUCGCCAGUUCCGUAUGGGCCGCCCUGUCGCCCAACUUCACGUCUCUCAUCCUGGCCAGAAUCUUUCAGGGCAUCUCUGUGAGCCCGGUCGAGUGUCUUCCGUCCGCCACCAUUGCCGAGAUCUUCUUUCUUCACGAGCGUGCGUUCCGCAUAGGCAUCUACACAUUGCUGCUGCUCGGCGGUAAGAACCUGGUGCCGCUCAUCAGUGCCGUUGUCAUACAAGCCUUGGGAUGGCGAUGGGUUUUCUGGGUCGUUGCAAUGAUCGUUGCCCUCUGCGGCGUGCUUCUCUUCUUCUUCGUGCCCGAGACCUUUUGGGACCGGACGCCCCUCCCCAAAUCGCGGAAGCCAUCUCGACGACCGAGCUUCGGGCGGAGGCAGUCAUCGCGCCACCAAGUUCCUCAAGUGCCUGCGGAUGUCAAUGCGGCCCCCGCCGACCCUGUCCCUCAGUCACCGCACCAUCACAAGGACCUGCACGUCGGGUUUGCUCCCGACCCCGGCCAAGGCGCCCGGGGCAACGACGACAUCGAGAAACAGGCAGGCAACAUCUCUGACUCGCCCAACCCGGCACCCGCCAUCCGAACCUCUGGCACCUCCGGCACCCCUACGUCGGGGUCGGACUACUUCGCCAAGGCCCCGGCCAUCGAGAGCGAGAAGUUCCCCACGCACUCCUCGAACGUCAACUCGCCGCCAAAGGCCCUCGCCUACACCCACACGCUCCGGCACCAGCCCGCAAAGUCCUUCACGGAGCAGCUGAAGCCCUGGAACGGCCGGCUCAACCACGACAGGUGGUUCAAAGUCAUGCUCCGGCCCUUUGUCCUCUUCGCCUACCCGGCGGUGCUCUGGUCCUCGGCCGUGUACGCCCUGUCGGUCGGCUGGCUGAUCGUUGUGUCCGAGUCGGUGGCCCUCAUCUACCGCAACCGCGAGUCAUACAACUUUGACGCCCUGCAAACGGGCCUCGUAUACCUCUCCCCCUUCGUCGGCGGCAUCCUCGGCACCGCUGUCGCCGGCAAGGUCAGCGACAUCAUCGUCAAGAGCAUGGCCCGCCGCAACGGCGGCCUGUACGAGCCCGAGUUCCGCCUCGUCAUGGCCGCGCCCGUCGCCAUCACCACCGUCAUUGGCCUCAUGGGCUUCGGCUGGUCGGCCGAGGAGCGGGACCACUGGAUCGUGCCGACCGUCUUCUUCGGCCUCAUCUCGUUCGGCUGCACGCUGGGGUCGACGACGUCCAUCACGUUCUGCGUGGACAGCUACCGGCAGUACGCCGGGGAGGCGCUCGUCACGCUCAACUUCAGUAAGAACAUCUUCCACGGGCUAGUCUUCAGUCUCUUCGUCACGCACUGGCUCAGCGACGACGGGCCCAAGACCGUCUUCAUCUGGCUCGGCGUCAUCCAGCUCAUUUUCCUCUUCUUCUCCAUCCCGAUGUACAUGUACGGCAAGCGGGCGCGCAUGUGGACCGUGAGGAAGAACUUUAUGGAGAAGCUGUGA